AUGGGAGGUUGUCUAAGCCGAUCGCAUGCCGAUGACCCCUUUCCCACAAAAGCCAGCGGCCAGCACAGCAACUACAGUGCACCAGAAAAGCCGUCUGUAAGAUUAGAUCAGCCUGGCGCAGAAGGCAAGGAGGUUUCGCACACCCCAACGCAGCGAUCAAAGUCACGAGAAGGAUCGGAGCACGGAGCGAUUCGAGCAGCGCGAUCGCGAGACAACUCGGAGCAUGGGUCAUCAAAAGUGAAGCCGGAGCAGCCAGUAGAUGGCGUGCACUUGACGGGCAAGAAAGAAAAUCCCGAGUUUCUGCCCGGAUCGCGACCCGGCAGCAACGACUGGGACCGCAACAACCAGCCGUUGGAUCUCUCCGAGAUCACCGGCAGAAGCACGGCGGACGAUGAUGACGUUCCGGCGAAGGAUAGUCUGAAGCAGAUGCUUCAAGAGGUGCGAUCCAGCGACAACGCCCGCGUCGCAGCGGUCGCUGGCGACGGUAGCAUGGGAAUGGGAAUGGGGUUCGGCCAGCGAGGUGGUAACCCGAUGUUCGCGCAGAUGAACAGUAGCACGCACGGCGGGGGAGCGGGGGCAAUGGCGGGGGCGACGUCGAUGCACGGCGGGGUGGCGCCCAUGGGCAGCUCGUCCAUGCACGCGGGGUUCAUGGCGUCGGGCUCCAUGCACGGUGGCGGCGCGGGACGAGCGUCGGCUGUAGCGAUGCGCGCUAUGCAGGCGGCGAAGCUGCGCGCGUCCAAGACGGCGCUGGAGCGACACAACGUGCAGAUCGUGGGCACAGGCUCUGAGCUGCUCGUGCUCUCGCACGGCUUCGGACAGAAUAAAAACAUAUGGAGCAGCAUAGUGGGGCAGCUGGACACGAGUGUGUACCGCAUUGUGCUCUACGACCUCACAGGCGCGCUCGGCACGGACUACGACGCGUUUGACUACCAGCGCUACAGCACGCUGCAUGGCUUUGCAGAGGACCUGCUGCAGCUGCUGGGGGAGCUGGGCGUCGAGGGCACGGACUGGGGCCACCAGUGCACGUUCAUAGGGCACCAGCAGAGCGGCAUGAUGGGACUGCUCGCCUCCCUGGAGCGCCCGAAUGUGUUCAAGCGCAUCAUCAUCAUGGGCUCCUCGCCCAGGUUGCUGGAUGCUCCUGGCUAUGAGGGGGGCUUUGCACUGAACGACCUGGACCAGGUGUUCGGCAUCAUGCAAGGCAACUUCAAGAUGUGGAGCAGAGGGUGUGCGCCCGUGCUCACAGCCGACGAUGUGAAGGCGCCUCACGUGCGCGACUUCACCCGCCCGCUCUUCCUGCUGCGCCCCGAUAUUGGCUUCAGCAACCUCAAGACCGCCUUUGCAUGCGACGUGCGAGACAUCCUUCCAAGGGUGUCAGUGCAAAUUCAUCUUCUCUUUUUCGACCAGGACUCAACCGUGCCGCAGUCAGUAAUACAGUACAUGCUCACCACCAUCCCCAACGCCUUUGCCGAAAUCCUCUCUACAACCGGCUUCGCUGACUCGCCUACAACCGUUGCCGCGGGCAUUCAACGGCAUCUCAGCAUGCCUCUCCGAGAAACGUUUGGGCUGUCUAGCCGGCGGAUCUUCAACGCCCGGUAUCUACCACCGCCGAUGCCCGAGAUGGAGGAGGAUGCGCAGGAGAUGGAGAACUAUGAGUUCGACUUUGGCAUCGGGGGAGCGCCCGGCAAGGCAGCGGGGGCCAGCCUCAAGGACCAGCGCAGCGGCUUCUCGCUUGCCUCCGUGAGUCGCCGUGAAUCUCUUCCAAUUCUUCAUGGUUCUCGUCCGCGCGUUCAUGCCAGCUGUGUCAGACCCCUGCUCGUUCCCUCACCUUCCCUCCCCUUGCACUCGCUUGCCUCUGCAAAUUUUCCCCCUCGGCCCCUCCGUCAACCUCCCCCGCCUUCCCUCUCUCCCCUCCCCUUUCCCCCGUCCGCUUUCCCCCUUCCCCCCUUCCCCCCCCCGCUCCACGGGCCUCUCCAGGUAUCCAAGGGAGGGGACUUAGCCUCCAUGCUCCUCGGUUCCUCCUCCUCCCCUUCCCCAGCCACCGCCGCCCCCAAAGCCCCCGCCUACUCAGGCCCGCCCACAGUUGCCCUCUCCCCCACCUUCACCCCGGCGCCCCCCCCCUGGCUGCUCACCCCUUCCGCCCCCGCCCCCACACCGUCCGUCUCUGGGAUCUACUCCGUCACCAUCCCCCCUCCCGUCUCCAUCCAAGCCUCUUUCAAAGAAGCCCCUCCCACCGGCGUUCCCGUUGCCGCCGCCGCCGCUGCUGCUGGUGUUGGCGGCACAGCGGGAGCAGCUGCAGGCCCAGGGGCGCUGGGGCUUGCAGGAGCGGCGGGGGGAGGCGGGAUGGGCGGGCUGGCUGCCACGUGGACAGCUUCCCCCUUGGGAUCCACGAGCAGCAAGAAGCCUGACGCCCUCUCUGACCUCUGGAGUACCGUUGCAUCCGGCGCUGCUGCUGGCUCUGCUGCUGCUACUGGCAGCGGUGCUGGCGGUGGUGGCACUGGUGGUGCGGCCUCAGGAGUGUCGCUGGCUGCAGCACCAGCCGGUGGGGACCUGCUCGGGGGAGAUCUGCUUUCUGACUUGGGCUCGUCUGUGCCACCUGCUGCUGUGCCUGAUGCGGGUUCAGCCUCUGCUGCUGCUGCUGCUGCUGCUGCUAGUCCAUUGGACCCUGUGGGUGGGCUGCUGUAA